UCAUCCCUAUAUAAUGCGCUAUCGGAGAAGCGUGUAGAGAGCUAGGAGAAGAAAGGGCGGGAGGGUUUGCUCUUCUAAGUUUUUCCUCAUUUCUCUGUAAAACGCCCCCGUUUCGGUUCUCUCCUCUCCUCUUGAUGGAAGGUGAGGUGGGACCCAACGCCGACACUUCCCUCGGGCCAUCAUCUCCGCCGCAUGAUUCUGAUGUGACUCCCGUCGGAUCUCCCGAUGACACCCUACAUGACGACGUUCACGCCCUACCGUCUGAUGAGGAUCACGGGCACGACCACGAGGAAGAUGCUGACGUGGAACACGAUCUAGAUCAAGAUCAGCAUUCUGGGCCCGCUGAUCGAACCGAGGUCCUCAAGGCCAAGAUCGUUAAACAGGUAGAAUACUACUUUAGCGAUGAAAAUUUACCCACUGAUAAGCAUAUGAUAGGUUUAAUCAAGAAGAACAAGGAAGGUUUUGUUCCCAUCACAAUCUUUGCUUCCUUUAGGAAAAUGAAGAAGCUCACCCGAGACCAUUCAGUUAUUGUUGCUGCACUCAGGGAGUCUUCCUUUCUGGUUGUGAGCUCAGAUGGAAAGAAAGUGAAGCGCCUGCACCCUUUUCCAGUUGCUGCUAUUAAGGACCCAAAGUUAUGCACUGUUCUAGUAGAGAAUCUUCCGGAGGAUCACUCAGUAGAGAACAUCCGGCGAAUAUUUGGUGAAGCUGGGAAGAUAAAGCACAUCUCAAUUCGUGAUCCACAUGCUAUGGAAGAGUCAAAAAAAGGUAGCAAAGCUGAUAUUCUGAUUAGCAGCAAGUUGCAUGCUCUAGUGGAGUAUGACAGUGUCGAGGCUGCAGAAAAAGCUGUGGCUGCAUUAAACAAUGAACAGGACUGGAGAAAUGGUUUGCGGGUCAAGCUUCUCAAGCAAACAGGCAAAUAUGGACAGAGGAAACAACCCUGGAGAGAUGUUGAUGCUGAAAAGCAUAACAAUGGACGAGCAUCUCAUCAGACGGGGGAUGAAGAAAAUCAUCACCCAAGUGAGCACCAUGAUGAUACACCUGAUGAAGAGGAUGGAGAGUACAUAUCGAAGGAGAAACCUGGGCAGCGAGCUCGAAACCGAGGAAGGCAAAGGAGGAACAAAUAUCGGGCUACAAACGGGCUUGGUCAUGGUUCUACAUCAUGCGCCCAUCACAUUGAGCCCUCAAAGCCGCCUCCUGGCCCUAAAAUGCCUGAUGGAACUAGAGGAUUUACAAUGGGAAGAGGCAGGCGUCCUGUACCCGAUCAAAAUCAACAAGCAGUAUAACUCGUUACAUAUGUAAUAUUAUGUGUAUGUUGCCGUAUGAUUUAUAGCGACAAGUGGCGAGUUAAUGUGUUUAUGGUAAUUUUAUAAAGCAGUGUGGAGUGGAAGAUGAAAGUGGGUGUUUGUACUACUGAAUUGCUUUUUACAUGUAUUGGUGUCGUUCUGGAAAUGAACUCCCAACAAAACUGUAGUACAGUACAGGGCUCUUGUUUUUGUAUUUGCCUGUAUCAUCUUGUAGAAAUACACCCUACCUGCUUGCCAGUUAUUCUUAA